AUGGAAAAGCUUGUCUGGAAAGACUCCCUGAAAAUUAAUCUUUUCGUUUUACGAUUACUGGGGUUGUGGCCUAGAGGUGACAAAGUGUACACGUUUGAUCUCUACACUGUAUAUGCAGUUUUUGUAAUCACUUGUUUUCUAAGUGCUCACACUUUAUCUCAAGUCCUAAACAUCUUCGUUGUUUACUCCGACUUGCAAAACUUAUCAGAAACCAUAUUUAUCACCGUCACGAAUGUGUUAAAUUUAGUCAAAAUUUACUAUUUCAUCAAAAACACAAAAACUCUGAAACAGCUAAUUGAAAUUUUGAGAAGCGACAUGUUUCAAGCUACUCCUUUACAAAUAAAAAUUGUUCAACCCGAUUUGAUAUUUUUGAAAAAUGUCACCUUGGUGUUAGCCGGUACAGUUGGUUCUUGUUUGACAUUUUGGUGUUCUUUUCCACUACUGGACAGUUCAAGCAGAGGAAACCGACUACCAUUUUUGAGUUGGUAUCCUUUCGAUACGACGACAUCACCUGGGUAUGAGUUAACUUACUUACACCAAGUUAUCAGUAUUUGGGCUCUUGCCGCCAGUAAUUUAAAUCUGGAUACUCUAAUUUCGGGUCUCAUGAUGCUUAUUGGGGCUCAGUGUGAUAUUUUAUGUGAUAAUUUAAGAAACAUCAAAGCCGAACGUUUCAGCCAGGAGUUCGUUAAGUGCAUUCUACACCACAAAGCUAUAUUAAAAUUUUCAGAAAAAUCCAACGAGUUUUUCAACAUGAUUGCAUUUGGACAAUUUUUUACAAGCGCAGCUUGUAUAGCAAUGACUUUGUUUAGACUCACAGUUGUGUCGCCAAUGAGUAGCGAAUUUUCGUCUCUUACAUUUUAUCUGGGUGCAGCCAUUCAAGAAAUUUUCCUAUAUUGUUGGUUUGGAAACGAAAUCGAAAUUAAAAGUAGCCAAAUUGGUUAUGCUGUGUUUGAGUCGGAUUGGACUGCAGCCUCGCUUAGCGCUCAGAAAAGUAUGGUCAUUUUUGUUCUGAGGUGUCAAAAACCUAUUAAAAUGUCUGCGUUUAAACUUGUUUAUCUCACAUUAGAAACUUAUGUGGCGAUUUUGAGAGCAUCGUGGUCGUAUUUUGCAGUGUUAAAUAAAAUUAAUACUCCUGAAUAG